UGGCAUUUAAACCCGCUACGGCCCACGGUGACAUUUACUGGUUUUACAGUAAAUCCAAAUAGUGGAACUUCACAUGGCGUGUCUCCCCGCGACUUGGGAAAACUUUGCAGACGUCAAAGAAACGAGGCGGUGCUACACUUGAGCCCACAUCCCAUUCCGCACUCUUACUUUUUUUCAACUCCACACUCACACACACAGACAGAGUGUCUGUGGCGUGGGACACCCAAGCGGCCGUCAUGGAAGCUAAGCAGACAGAGGAGCAGUCGGUGUCCGUGCUUGGGACCUUGGAGCCGGAGAGUCAGAUCACACAGAAGAAGAGCAACCGUUGUAAAAUCAUCUCAGGGGCUCUGAUUCUCUGCUUAUUGUUGAUCAUCCUUGCACUGGCCUUUUCUCUGAGCAGCAGCAGCAGCAGCAGCAGCGAGAAAGGUGAUGGUGAGCUCUGGCUGCAGUAUGAGGCGGCGUCAUUGGGAAGUGAAAAGCCACAGUGUCCAUCAGGUUUCACCAGGUCUCCCCUCAUCCUGGUGUCCUUGGAUGGUUUCCGGGCGGAAUAUCUGAAAGAUCACGGCAGCCACCUCCCCGUGAUCACCAAGUUACGAGCCUGGGGUACAACCACACCACAUUUGAGGCCAAUGUAUCCCACAAAGACAUUCCCAAACCACUACAGCAUCGUCACCGGUCUGUACCCGGAAUCUCAUGGGAUUGUUGACAACAAGAUGUACGAUGUAAACCGGAAUGCAUUCUUCAGCUUGAAAACUGAGGAGAAGUUCAACCCGAAAUGGUACCAAGGAGAACCAGUUUGGAUCACCGCCAAGCAUCACAAAUUAAAAACAGGAACCUUCUUCUGGCCCGGCUCAGAUGUGGCCAUCAAUGGGAGCUUCCCGGAUUUCUACAAAAUCUACGAUAAAAGCACCGCAUUCGAGACCAGAGUGUCAACGCUGUUUGAGUGGCUGGAUUUGGCGCAAGAAAAACGACCUGACCUUUACACUUUGUACCUGGAAGAGCCUGACUCAUCAGGACACCGCUAUGGACCAGCAAGCACGCAGGUCAUAGAUGCUCUCAAGCACGUGGACCGGAUUAUGGGCACCCUGAUGGAUGGCCUGAUCCAGAGAAACCUGCUCCACUGUGUCAACAUUAUCAUUUCAUCGGACCAUGGCAUGGAAGAAGCAUCAUGUGAAAGGGCAGUGUUUGUGUCUCCCUACCUGAAAAACACUGACGACUUUACUGUCAUCCAAGGCCCAGCUGCUCGUAUCAGACCCAGCAGCCUCCCAGAUGACUUCUUUUCCUUUGACUACGAGGGCCUGAUGAAGAACCUGUCGUGCAGGACCCCCGAGCAGCAAAUGAGGCCGUAUCUUAAAGAGCACCUCCCCAAACGGCUGCAUUUUGCCAACAACGUGAGAAUAGAGAGAGGCCACCUGUAUAUGGAAGAAGGCUGGCAGGCGGCGCUAAACAGGAAGGAAAUCAAGUACUGUACGGGCGGGUUCCAUGGUUCAGAUAACGUCUUCACCAACAUGCAGGCAAUCUUCAUCGGUUAUGGUCCAGGAUUUAAAAGCAGCACUGUUGUGCCUCCUUUUGAGAACAUUGAACUCUACAACCUUAUGUGCGAUCUUUUGGGUGUUCCUCCUGCUCCAAACAACGGUACACACGGGAGUCUGAACCACCUCUUGAAACGUCCAGUCCACUUCCCUGUUCACCCUGCACAGCUCUCCCAUGACAUCCCCUGUGAGACCAGUAACCUCCGCCCCAUUGCCGACCUAAAUUGCUCCUGCCAGCCCAGAACAACAGAUGAGGAGGAACAGUUGAACAGAUUAAUGAUUAAUAGAAGUGAUGCUAAAGCUACCUUACGCCGCCUGCACCAUCCUUUCGGCGUCCCCAGCGUCGUCCUACCAGACGCCACCUUUUGUCUGCUUCACCAGACAGACUACGUUAUUGGAUACAGCCAAGACCGUCACAUGGCUCUUUGGGUGUCGUACACCGUCCCCCGUGUGCUUAAAGUGUUUUUCUUGGCUCCAUCUUUGGAGGCGUGUGUUCGCGUAGACCCUCGCAUUCCACCGGCCACCAGCCAGACGUGUGACAACGCUUACGGCCUUCUGCAUUACCCCAGUCUGAACGGUGAUGGACCACUAACAGACUCACUCAUCACAAGCAACAUGGUGCCAAUGUUCCCUGCAUUUAAAGAUGUUUGGGUUCAUUUCCAAAUUUUCCUGCUUCCCAACUAUGCAGAGCAGCUGGAUGGACUCAACGUACUGAGUGGACCAAUAUUUGAUGAAGACUAUAAUGGGAAAGUUGACGCCUACAAGCCAUCCGCACCGAACGAGGCCCACAUCCCCACACAUUUCUUUGUGAUCCUGACCAGUUGUGGCAAUUCCACACUGGGUCCUUCGAACUGUAAGGGUCCUCUUCGAGUUAGGUCCUUCAUCCUGCCCCACAGAGCUGAUUACACAGAGAGCUGCUCUAAUGGCUCAGAUUUCACGUGGGUGGAGGACUGGAUGCAGCUGCACACCGCCCGCGUGCGGGACAUCGAACUGCUGACUGGACUGAGCUUCUACCACGACAGGUUGUCCGUGGAAGAGACACUACAGCUGAAGACUUUUUUACACAGUGCUUGAACUCUUUACCGACUGUGUAAUCAGGUAACAUGUUUAUCUGAGAUUGUUGCACUUAUAAAAAUGAUUUUUGUACCUACUUUGGUUGUAGAGUCCUAUAAUCGGGAUAUAAGAUUGAGAAAGAAGAACCAAAGAUGGACUGACGCAAACCUACAAAAAACAUUCUGCUGAAAUUCUGAUGCCAUUUGCAUCCAAAGUUUGAAGGGAUCCUGCUAAAGGAUUGUACAUUUAACGAGUCACAUUGCCAUACUAUCUUUUUUUUAAUACAAUGUUUGUUUUAGUAUGUAAAUUGUGAUGUAAUAUUUGAGUGUCUGCACAUGUGUAGACCUUGGAAUGUAGAGGUGAGUUUAUUUGUUUUUUUUCCUGAACUGGUAUAAUCACACACCUUCCCUGAAAUUGGGGCUCCAUAGCAAAAAGCCCACCAAUAGCGCCAGAAAAUGAUUUAAACAUGAUACCCUUUACAGUUUCCAAGAACAUGCUGGGUUGGAGUGGCAUUAAAAAAAAAAAAAAAAAAGUGUACAGCGCCCCUUCAGGUCACACACGGUAUGGUACUGUUGUGUAUAUUCUUUCCAUAAUGCCAUCUCCAUGGUCAAACAGUAUUACAGGUUUCAAAUUUGUGUUAUACUGAGGAGAUAUAAACACAUUAAAUGCAAUUGUGACUAAAUAUUUCAAAUGAUAUUCAACUUUAAUCUCAGGUUUCACAAAAAUAUGAAUUUUUACCAUUUGGGAACUACAGCCAUUGUUGGUAGAAUUUGUACAUUUUCAGGGGCUCAAUAUUUGCAUAGUUGGCGUUAUCGCAAAUAUAAAAGGCUUGUAAACCCUUUGCAGUCACGUGGGUGCCUGAGCAUCUUUGCUUCAACACUAAAUCACACUUGUGACGUAGACAUGGGCUGUCAACCUGAGCCAAUGCACAAAUAUUUACAUUUUCCUUGGAAACCUGGACUAGAUAGAAACCAGAUGCCUUAGAAUAAUCCAUCAGGAAGAGUAGGUAUUUAAUUGCAUGACUUGAUCCCACUGUUGAAUCACUACUCUGCAUUCAAUAGAAAUACAUAACAGUACAGUACUGUACGACGGUUUUCGGAGCAAUCGACUGAAUGUGGCGGGGCAUUAGCAAACUUGCACUUCUUUCAUAUGCAAACUAAAUGGUGAGGUGAUUUGUAAGUCAAAUCAGUGAUUUCUUAUGUCUUGAUGAACUCCCAUUAAAAAAAAAAAAAAAAAAAGCACCCGCAUUGGAACUGAUGAAAUGACAAAGGGUCCAUUACAGUUGCCGUGUGUGUGUGUGUGUGUGUGUGUGUGUGUGUGUAAUAGAUGCACAUACAGUAGAUGAGGCUCAGCCAGACUUCAGGGCUUGCAGCACCGACUGUGGUACUCUGCUGAUGUAGUAGUCGUGGUUUCUUAGUGUUGCAAGAACACCUGCAGAGUUCAGGUGCUUCACUUCAGCAUCAUAGCGGUAUGCAUUGUUAUGCAUGUCCGUCAGUUUACCUGGCAAGAAAAGAAACGGGAUGCUUGUUAAGACAUAUUAAUGACUCAUUAGCGGCUGAAUCCGAAAUGAUGUAUACCUCCAACACAAUGCAGAAUAACUUCAGGAGCACACGUGUCCCACUUCUUGGUUCCUGGACUUGCAAAGACAUAUGCAGAAGCCUUCCCCUCAACAAGCUGAAUGAUCUGCAGACAAUUUCAUGAGACCAUUGCAUUUUUAAAAAUUCAUGCCAACUUAGCGACUGUCACUAUAUUUAGCGAGUAUUCAGAAGCCUCUAGAUUCUGUUUAAAAAAAAAAAAAAGUCACAUUUGAUACACACUUUAACGGUGUUAUUACGAGCCACAAAGAGUUUCGUUCAAAGGCACCAAGUAAUUUAAGUUAAAUUAAGUUUUGAGUGUCGAUGUAUUUUAUGGGAUUUCCGAGCAAUACUUGAAUGCAUGAACUCGUACCUCCAUAGUGACGGUAACAUUAGCGAGUGGUACGUUUAUCCACUUAUUGUUUUGCUUGAGACACCGCAUACGCGCAUAAUAAACAUUGUGAUUUUCGGAGUGUCUGUGAAUGCAUCUCGUGGUCUCCUGUGACAAUGAGGAAGAGUCGUUCCGAGGGGGACGAGAGAUGUGUUUGUGUGAGAUAAAUACAUACAUGGUGUUGGAAUUGCACUGCUGUUUAUGAAUUCGGGUAAGAUUUAAGUUAUAAAAGAGCAUCAGACGCUGCGACUGUGUGGGACUACGCUUCCGUCUGCCGGCAAAACAGAGGGGUGUGGCUUGAUAGGAUGUGCAUGUGUUAAUUACACAAAAAAAUUUGACAUAAAUAAAUUAGUUCCCGCUGUUAACAAGCUAUUUUUGACAGCCCUAAAAAAAACAAACACACACAAAAAGAAGCAACAGAAGAGAGUUGAUUCUAACAAUGAAACGUAUCCUACCUUGUUUCCUGCACCGCCCACUCGUAUAACCUCAUGAGGUUCCAUGGCAUUAACGCAGUCUGUUACGAGCUUGUUGCUAUGUGAACGUGUGGUUGUGACAAUGCGUUUAUCGUCUGGCACUUCCCGCAACUGAAAUCCAAAGGCACCCACUCCGAGAAUUCCCCACAUGGUUCUUCCCAGUUUUGCCCCCGGCCCAAGCUGCAAAAGACAAACAUCUUAAGCUAAACCACAAAGUGAUGCGUGAGAGAAGCUGGAUCGUUUAGUUUGGUCUGGACCUGGUAGUUGUAGAAAGGCUGGUUGAUGACGCCUGCGAUCGCUCUGCCUGCGUACGCGAUUCCAAUAAGCACAGUCACGUUAUCGAGGAGGCCUGAUGGCACAAAACAAGCACAGUUGACAUAACAUUCAUGCAAUUUUGUCUUUUUUUUUUUUGUAAUGCACUUUACAUUUCAAACUAAUCUCAGAAAGAUAACUGGAGAAAAAAAAAAUUAACAUUUUUUGCUAUUUUUUUUCAAAAAUAAUAAUAAAAUACCCCAUUGAACCAAAUAUAAGUUUGAAAAAAAGACUAGCGGUCUUAUACAAGCAAAUCAACAUGCGGCGCCAAAUGACUUCUCCAAACCAGAGCUUUUCUUCCUGUCACUUACACACACCUUGACACAAGACACGUAGGACAAAUUUGUCUCAAAGGUUGGGCAAGUAAGUGAUGAACACAAGAGGAGUUUUGGUGCCAAUUUUAAGAUGAGAAACUGUCAAAGCGCUAACAAAAAAAAUGUAAUGUGUACCAGUUAUUAUCCUGACAUUAAACAAGUAAACAUGAAUUUGUUUUUAAUUCUUUUGAUUGUACAAGAACCUACGUUUGUUCAUGGAAAAACAAUGCUAAGUAAUUAGCAUAUAAUACGGAGGCUGAUAUGUGCAUCAACUGUGGCUUUGUAUCCGCUGUCUAGCGGAUUAGCUCAUUUUUAUGAUUUGUUUCUUUUUUUUUUUAAUUCCAAAAAAGGGUACUAAAAAAGAUGGGUCAUCUUAUAUUGGGUCAACCAUUU